AUGUUGUCGGAGCUAGUCGAGAAUGGGCUCAACUCUGGUGUACGCAAUGGGCCUUGUUACACUCCAGCCUAUGCCUCGAAUCCGGGUGCUGUUCUCGAGCCUAUUGCACUAAACACACCGACGUUAUUCACGCCUCUUGAGAUUCGAUCCAAAACGCUCAAAAAUCGAAUAAUAGUGUUGCCUAUGUGUCAAUACUCAGCGGCCGCGAAGGGGCCCGACGUGGGCAAGUUGACGGACUGGCAUCUGGCAACACUCGGGCAUUACGCUAUCAAGGGCGCCGCCCUUAUUUUCGCUGAAGCCACAGGUGUACAGCCCAACGGUCGCAUUACACCCCAGUGCCCUGGAAUACAGUUAGCCCAUGCUGGCCGCAAAGCGAGCACUGUCGCCCCUUGGAUUUCAGCUCAAAAGAAAAGACCUUCGAUACGAGCGACGACAGAGGUCGGUGGCUGGCCAGAGGAUGUCGUAGGCCCGAUGGGUGGCCCGCAAGAUUCUUGGGAUGGGAAAGGCUCGGCUGAUGACGGUGGCUUUUGCAUUCCGCGACCGCUAACUAUUCCUGAGAUUCAGGAAGUCGUUAAAGCUUUUGCUGCGAGUGCCCGGCGGGCAGUUGAAGCUGAGAUCGACGACAUUGAGAUACAUGGCGCUCACGGUUAUUUAAUCUUUCAAUUCCUGAGUCCGAUCACGAAUCGCAGGUCAGAUGAUUACGGCGGGAGUUUCGAGAAUCGAACUCGCCUAUUGAUCGAAGUUAUUCGUGCUAUACGCGCCGAGAUACCGUCAGAAAUGCCCCUUUUCCUCCGCAUCAGCGCCACAGAAUGGAUGGAGGAGACUGAUCUGCGAGAGAAAUACGGUAGCUGGGGCGUACAAAGUACCAUUAGACUUGCAGCUCUUCUACCUUCGCUCGGCGUUGAUCUCCUCGAUGUCAGUAGUGGAGGAUGUCACCCGCAACAACGGAUCCAGAUGAUGUCUUCUAGCGAUUACCAGUCAAAAAUCGCUUGUCAAAUACGACACACGCUAAAGGAAGCCAACUCGAAGCUCCUCAUCGGUGCGGUCGGUUUGAUUACUCAGGCAGUGCAAGCCAGAGAUAUCGUCGAUGAUGGAUCUGACAAGAGUAUCAGGGAUGAAGCUGCCAUCGCAAACGACAUGACUAAUACCAGAGAUAAAGAACCGAUGGCUGAUGUGAUUCUCGUUGCGCGGCAGUUUCUAAGAGAACCCGAGUGGGUGCUCAAGGUUGCCUGGACACUAGGGGUCCAUGUCGCAUGGCCCAAUCAGUUUUGGAAAGUGAGGUUUCGAUAG